AUGUCGUCAGAAGCCGCCAACGGUGUCUGCGAAUCCAAGCUUAUUGUUUUGGAUAUUGGGUUGUCGGCCAAUGUCCCUUCGAUGACUACAGGGGCCGUUCUGGAGUUCUCGACAGAUGGACAGCUUCAACGAACUCUUGUCCAAUCACAGUCUCUCCCUGACGGCAUUGCUGCGGAUUACGCCAGUGGCCGAAUGUUUUGGACGUGUAUGGGCAAACCAGGAAAGCGCGACGGCGCUAUUUACUCAGCAGACAUGAACGGCGAGGAUAUCAAAACUGUCGUGUCCACGGGAACCAUCAAUACCCCCAAACAGUUGACCAUUGAUAGCGUUAACAAGAAAAUUUACUUUUGUGACCGCGAAGGGUUGCGUGUCUAUCGCUGCAAUCUUGAUGGCAGCGACUUAGAAUGCGUUAUCUCAACUGGCAGCGAGGAGGAUCCCGAAGCGAUGAAAGACGCUGAAAACUGGUGUGUUGGCAUCACCGUUGCGCCACAACUAGGAAAGUUUUAUUGGACGCAAAAGGGUCCAUCCAAAGGGGGAAAAGGUCGGAUCUUCUGCGCUAGCAUCUCGACCCCAUUGGGUGCGUCGUCAAGGUCCAGGCCGGAUGUCCAGUGCAUCUUGGGCAGCCUUCCAGAACCAAUUGACCUUGAUAUCGAUGAAAAGUCCCGCAUUCUGUAUUGGACUGACCGAGGAGAGAUUCCUUUCGGUAACUCCUUGAACCGAAUUCAGUUGAAUGAAUCUGGGUUGCCAGUGGAGGCAUCGUCGAAACCUGACGUCCUUACACGCCACUUGAACGAGGCAAUUGGACUAAAACUGGACAAAAAGAACGGCCAUAUUUAUAUAACCGACCUUGGUGGUAACUUAUAUCGCUGCGACAUGGACGGCCAGAAUAAAACGAAGCUAUACUCAGAUAAUCAGCGAGCGCUCACUGGGCUGACUUUAAUCUGA